ACGGAUCGGGACCUCCGGGAGCAGAGAUCGGCUGGGGGGAGAAAGGACAGAACGAUUGCAGACAUCAUGGACACUGAUUAUGAUACCACAUUUGAAGAGGAUUCACAGGUCCCAAAUGAUGAUGAAGUCCCAUACAGCGAUGAUGAAACCGAUGAUGAGUUAGAGAGUCCUGAUACUCCUGUACCAAAACAAAGCACAAUCAAAAAACAACCAGAACAGAGCCGGGAGCAAGUCCCUAAAGAAUGCAAUUGGCAAGUGAAAGCCAAUGACCGAAAUUUCUAUGAAAAGCCUGAAUUCAAGCAAAAGACGUACCUUUGUUUUAAGAAAAGCAAGUACUCGGGGAAUGCAAUCAAGACUUACAAGUACAACCCAAUCACCUUCCUGCCAUUUAACUUGUUUGAGCAAUUUAAGAGAGCAGCCAAUGCCUAUUUCCUGGUCCUUCUCAUCCUCCAGACUAUUCCUCAGAUAUCCACAGUAUCCUGGUCCACCACACUUAUACCUUUGCUGCUAGUACUGGGGAUCACUGCCAUCAAGGAUCUUGUGGAUGAUAUUGCUCGUCAUAAAAUGGAUAAUGAGAUUAAUAAUCGACCUUCAGAAUUUAUAGAAGAUGGAAGGUUUAAGAAAACAAAGUGGAAAAGCAUCCAAGUUGGGGACAUCAUAAAAAUCCACAAGAAUGAGUUUAUUCCGGCAGAUGUGCUGCUUCUGUCCACCUCCGAGCCAAACAGCUUGUGCUAUGUAGAGACAGCAGAACUGGAUGGAGAAACAAAUCUGAAGUUCAGAAUGUCUCCUGAAGUGACUGACAAGCUGCUGCAGGAGGAGAAAUCGCUGGCUGAUUUUGAUGGACUGGUGGUAUGUGAAGAGCCCAACAAUCGUUUGGACAAGUUUGUGGGGACUCUGUAUUGGAGAGGAAUGAGCUACCCACUAGAUGCCGACAAAAUCUUACUGCGUGGGUGUACUAUCCGCAAUACCGCAUACUGCCAUGGGCUGGUCUUGUUCGCAGGUGCUGACACAAAAAUUAUGAGGAACAGUGGGAAAACCAGAUUAAAAAGAACCAAAAUAGAUUACUUGAUGAACUACAUGGUGUACACGAUAUUUGUUCUUCUCAUCCUGGCUGCAGCGGGCCUUGCUAUUGGUCAGACGUUCUGGGAGGCCAAAUUAGGACCUGCGAAUGUAUCCUGGUAUCUGUACGAUGGGAAUGAUUAUCCUCCCUCUUAUCGAGGAUUUUUGGCUUUUUGGGGGUACAUCAUUGUCCUAAAUACCAUGGUGCCCAUUUCUCUCUAUGUGAGUGUGGAAGUGAUUCGUCUGGGUCAGAGUUACUUUAUUAACUGGGAUCUGCAGAUGUACCACUCUGAGAAAGACACUCCGGCCAAAGCCAGGACCACAACGCUCAACGAGCAACUGGGACAAAUCCAGUACAUCUUCUCCGACAAGACGGGGACACUGACGCAGAACAUAAUGACCUUCAAAAAGUGCUCCAUCACUGGAGAGACCUAUGGUGGGCAGAGGCACGUUGCUGGGCAGAAAUCUGCAUAUAGUGAGCUGGUAGACUUUGGCUGGAAUCCACUAGCAGACUCGAAGUUUACAUUUAGUGACCAUUACCUCAUAGAAGAGAUCCGGUCAGGGAAAGAUCCCGCUAUCCGUCAAUUCUUCAAGCUGCUUUCUCUGUGCCACACCGUCAUGGUGGAAAAGACGGACGAUGGUGAACUAGUCUAUCAAGCGGCUUCCCCAGAUGAAGGAGCUCUGGUGACAGCAGCAAGGAACUUUGGCUUUGUGUUUCUAUCGAGAACCCAGAGCACCAUCACCAUCAGCGAGCUGGAGAAAGAAGCCACAUAUGAAGUGCUUGGAAUCCUUGACUUCAACAGUGACCGCAAGAGGAUGUCUAUAAUAGUACGAGAACCCAGUGGUAACAUUAGACUGUAUUGCAAGGGGGAUUUACGUAUUUAUAACAAAGAGGUCCACUUGAAAAUCAUUAUUGACGUGUUCCUUGUUGACCCCCCUCAGCUGUUUGCCAACGAGACUCUUAGGACCUUAUGUCUCUGCUACAAGGACAUCAGUGAAGAAGAGUUUGAGAAGUGGAGUAAGAGGUAUAUGGCCGCCAGUGUGUCCAUGGUUGACCGGGAUGGAGCUCUGGAUAAAGUCUAUGAAGAGAUUGAAACCAACCUAGUGCUGCUGGGAGCCACAGCCAUUGAAGACAAGCUUCAAGAUGGCGUACCCUACACAAUUGCCAAACUAGCCGAAGCAGACAUAAAGAUUUGGGUGCUAACGGGAGAUAAAAAAGAGACUGCAGAGAACAUCGGCUUUGCUUGUGAACUACUAACGGACGAAACCAAGAUUUGCUAUGGGGAGGACAUCAAUGCCCUCCUACAGACGAGGAUGGAAAACCAGAAAAACCGAAAAGCAGGCAAUCCUGAAGCAGCCCAGGAUUAUUCGGAACCGUACUUCCGGACUGACCAGAAAUGUUCCCUGAUCAUUACUGGAUCGUGGCUGAAUGAAAUCCUUCUGGAAAAGAAAAAAAAGGAGAAGAAGAAACGUCUGAAGCUCAAAUUAGCCAGGACAGCGGAAGAGAAGCAGAAGGAUAAACAGAAAGCAUACGUCCUUAAAGAGCAGCGACAGAAGAACUUUGUGGACCUGGCGUGUGAGUGCAAUUCCGUCAUCUGCUGCAGAGUGACCCCCAAACAGAAGGCCAUGGUGGUAGACUUGGUGAAGAAGUACAAGAAAGCCAUCACCUUGUCCAUCGGAGACGGCGCCAACGAUGUCAACAUGAUUAAAACUGCCCAUAUAGGUGUUGGUAUUAGUGGACAGGAAGGUAUGCAGGCCGUGAUGUCUAGUGACUACUCCUUCGCUCAGUUCCGAUACCUGCAGAGGUUGAUCCUGGUCCACGGUCGCUGGUCCUACAUCCGCAUGUGCAAGUUCCUCGGCUUUUUCUUCUACAAGAACUUUGCAUUCACAUUGGUUCACUUCUGGUACUCGUUCUUCAAUGGAUUUUCUGCCCAGACGGUGUAUGAAGACUGGUUUAUUGCCCUGUACAAUGUCCUGUACUCCAGCUUGCCCGUCCUUCUCGUUGGCCUCUUGGAUCAGGAUGUCAGUGACAAGUUGAGCCUUCGCUUCCCUCGCUUAUAUAUUCCGGGCCAGAAAGAUCUUCUGUUUAAUUACAAGAAAUUCUUUUUGAGUUUGUUCCACGGCAUAGUCACCUCCUUGGUAAUCUUCUUCAUACCGUAUGGAGCAUUCUUGUUAACCAUGGGCCAAGAUGGAGAGGCCCCUUCCGAUUACCAAUCAUUUGCCGUGACCACAGCCACCGCGCUCAUCAUUACCGUCAACUUCCAGAUUGGGCUGGAUACAUCCUAUUGGACGUUUGUGAAUGCGUUCUCUGUGUUUGGAAGCAUUGCCAUUUACUUUGGAAUCAUGUUUGACCUGCAUAGUGCUGGGAUCCAUGUUCUCUUCCCUUCGAAAUUCAUAUUCACAGGAGCUGCGCCAAAUGCUUUACGCCAGCCAUACCUCUGGCUGACCAUAAUCCUGACAGUGGGGGUGUGUCUGCUUCCGGUCGUUGCCCUGAGAUUCCUUUCGAAAACUAUAUGGCCCUCAGAGAGUGACAAGAUUCAAAAGAACAGAAAGAAGCUCAAGGUGGAAGAGGCCAAGUGGCAGCCGCGGGUCAGUACAAUCAGACGUGGCGCCUCCGGCCGACGCUCGGCCUAUGCCUUUUCCCACCAGCGAGGAUACGCUGACCUCAUCUCCACCGGACGCAGCAUCGGCAUAAAAAAACGGGCGCCGCUCGACGCUGUGCUUGGCGAUAACGCGUCUGCAAUCAUCCACGCGGCAGGGACUUCCUGAUCAGAGACGUUCGUCGUUGCCUUUUAAAGCAAAUACUUGCACAUGAAAGUUCCGAUUCUAUUUUUUUAAAUGCUUCCCCUCUCAGGGUUUUUUUAUACGGAGAUAAACCUAUUCUUACAAUCUACAAUACACGUAGAUUGCCGGAGACAAUGUACACAAGGAUGGAUAUUUUUUUUUAGUUUUUCACUAAGCCUGCAUCUCUUUCUGUGGCCAGUAGGGAGCGCCAUUCAUACAUAUGGAAGUGAAACGCUUUUAUGGAAUUGACUUGAUCUUCAGAAGACAUUGGUGGCUGUGUAUUGAGGUGUUCAGGGCAGACCUGUCUUCAUGACAAUGGUGUAGACGCGGUUAUGUACUGGUUUUUUUU